AUGGUGGAGGGUCUGAAGGCCAAGGGAAUUGACAACGCUGGUGCCCCUCCCGCAGUGGUUUCGCGGUCCUCAACGUCCCCCGCACUGCCAGUCCGCCUCGAAGGGCACCAUGUAGCCAGCCAGACGGGCAGUCCGGCCAGCAGCAGGCCUCCGCCGCUUCGGAUCUCCCAGACGUUUCCUGUCGCUUCGCACACGUCCGACCUCGCAUCCAGCCCCAGUCAGCCGCAAGAUGUACAGCGACCGGUCGUGACGCGCGGGUUCUCAGGAAGCCCCGUGGCCAGGAACUCUCCGUCAUCGUCCGCCUUCUUCGAAACGAGUGCCGAGUCGAGUGCGAUCGAUCCGUUAUCCCAGCACAUCCUCAAGCGGACCAAUACCCAAAAGUCGAUCCCGUUGAAGCUUCUGGGGAGAGCGUCGUACGAAGCGGAAGCGGGCGGAACAGACAGCUACAACGCAACUGAGCAAGGCUCCAAUCGGGGGGAUGCAGCCACACACCCCAAGCCGUCCAAAGACAAGAAAAAAGGCGUCUCUUUUCUCAGCAGGUUCAUCGGAAACAAAAAGAAAGAAUUACUCUCCGACGUGGAGGAUGAUGCGACCGAACUGGAGACAGGCCGAAUAGAUACCGGUGCCGCUGCACCCCCGAUCGGAUUCAUGCCUCGAUUCCCCCCUCCUCCCAAAUACCUUAAAGUUCGCGCGCCGCACAAGAAGGAGAGGACGUUCAGCCGGGUGUUUGUCGCCCAGGAGCUGCAGGGCACGGCGACCCCAUCCGGCCAGGUCCAUGAAAGCGUCUCCGAAGGAUCAAAUGAGCAGCCGGAUAGCGGUAAAACGGGCAAGGCUGUCUGGGCUCUCGAGUUCUCCAAGGAUGGCCGGUAUCUCGCUGCCGCCGGCCAGGACUGGAGGCUCCGGGUUUGGGCUGUUCUGUCAUCGCCAGAAGGACGGGAAGAAGAAGUCUACGGGGAAGGAGACGAGACGCUCGAUGACCACGCGCCGAAGCAGCUCAAGGCCCCCGUGUUCAACUCCGAACCAGCCCGAGUGUACGAAGGACAUACUGCAAGUGUGUUGGCCCUAAGCUGGAGCAAGAACAAUUUCCUUCUCUCCUCCUCCAUGGACAAAACCGUGCGCCUGUGGCAUGUCACCAGGUCGGAAUGCCUAUGCUGCUUCAAACAUAGCGACUUUGUGACCUCGAUACAGUUCCACCCUCGCGACGACCGGUUCUUCCUGGCGGGAUCGCUGGACACCAAACUUCGCCUGUGGAGUAUCCCUGACAAGAGCGUGGCCUUUAUGACGACGGUGCCGGACAUGAUCACUGCCGUGGCCUUCACGCCCGACGGCCGGUACUCUAUUGCGGGAUGUCUCAAUGGGUUAUGUACCGUCUACGAGACCGACGGUAUGAAGCCCGUGAACCAGAUAAAUGUACGGUCGGCGCGAGGUCGCAAUGCCAAGGGAAGCAAGAUUACAGGCAUCGACACUCUCGCUCUAUCUCCCGAUGACCCCCACAGCGAUGUGAAACUGCUGAUCACAAGCAACGACUCCCGAAUCCGAAUGUAUAACUUCAAAGAACGAACUAUGGAGACCAAGUUCCGAGGGAACGAGAACACGAGCAGCCAGAUUAGAGCCUCGUUCAGCGACGACGGGAAACACGUCAUUUGCGGGAGCGAAGACCGUCGAGCCUACAUCUGGCCGACGAGUCCUGUCGACAACAAAGACUCGGACAAGCGCUCCUUUGAGGUUCUGGAGACGCAGUCAGCCAUCGUGACCGCCGCGAUAAUGGCACCGACAAAGACCAAACAACUGCUGGGUCUGUCGGACGACCCAAUCUACGACCUUUGCAAUCCUCCCCCAGUCACUCUUGUCAGCCAGACGGACCCAGCCAGCACGCCAAAGCCCGGCAACGGCGAUCAGCGAGUUCGGACUUCUAUGCAGGGCCCACGACCCUCUGCCGUGAAUAAAGCGGCCCAAGAGUCUCCUACAUACAUGGCUCGCUCAAAUCACCCGGGUGGGAACAUCAUUAUCGUUGCCGACUACGCUGGGAAAAUCAAAGUGCUGCGGCAAGACUGUGCAUUCCAAAAGCGCCGGCACGAAUACGGAGAUACAGGGUCAAUCUCCCGACGGCUUCUGCGACGCACGAAUUCUGCCCGCCACAGCAUUGCAUCGUCAAUCGGGAAGGAGUCAUCCCACAAGACCCCCUCGGAGCGGAUCCUCUCGUGGCGGAAUUCGGUCGUUGGCCAUGAGCGGUACAGCGUGGACGGGUCGCGUAAUGGGAAUCGAACCCCUCGGAGUAUUUCUCCACGCAGAUCGGGUGCUGCCAACAGGUACUCUAACCCUGUGCCUGCUUUAUCGGCAAACGACCGACCCGAUAACCAGUCGCUCUCCACGGCUUCACCGCCACAAUCUCCUCCUUACACCAAGUCAUCCGUGGACAGCCGCUGGUCCAAUACAGAGGUCGCGAGACAGCUCGCUUCCCAUGCAUCCAGUGCUCGUCACCCGCCGUUAUCUUCAACGACGAUCGUAGCCAACGAAAAUCCCAAGAAGGACAAUCCCCUGUGGCUACAAGGCGAGCAGAGCUAUGCAUACUGGAACAAGAUCACCCACGAUGCGCUGACAGCCAAGUCGAAGGUGUCCGCUUCCAACAUGCUCUCGCCUGACCGCAUCCCGUCUUCUCGGCGGCGGAACUUGAGCAACGCCAGCGCCCUGAGCAGUGACUAUGGCUCAUCGAACGGAGAUGAUAAUGAAGUUCUGCAAUGUGAAAACUGUCGGGGCACGAAUUUCCGCGCCAUCAAGGCAAGGAAUGGCAAGCAGAGACUGAUCUGUGUGCGAUGCCACAAGCCGAUCUCACAAUGA